AUGGAAGCAGAAACCAAAACACUUCCCCUGGAGAACGCAUCCAUCCUUUCAGAGGGCUCUCUACAGGAAGGGCACCGAUUAUGGACUGACAAACUGGACAAAAUCACACAAUACCACCUCCUCAAGCUCCUCCAGAAGUUUGGCAAGGCCAAACAGUUUGACUUCCUCUUCCACAAGUCAGGCGCUUUGGAGGGUCAGCCUCGAGGGUACUGUUUUGUUAACUUUGAAACUAAGCAGGAAGCAGAACAAGCCAUCCAAUGUCUCAAUGGCAAGCUGGCACUGUCGAAGAUGAGGCCAUAUGCUCAAGUAAAGUGAUAUGAUCACAAUAAGAACAAGAUCCUUCCAAUCAGUCUUUUUUCCUCAAGCACUGAGCCAACUCAGUUUAACCUUAGUGUCACUGCAAAGAUCAAAGCCAUUGAAGCAAAGCUGAAGAUGAUGGCAGAAAAUCUUGAUGCAGAGCAGCCAGUAGCACCUUUCUAUUCCUACUUUAAGCCACCAGACCCCCCCCCCCCCAAAAAAAGGACUACUCCAUAUUCCAGAACAGCUUGGAAAUCUUGAAGAUGAUGGUUAUGAAUUAUUGUAGCAGCAAAAAGCAAAUUGAUCUCCACACCUAA